GAACGCGCUCUCACGCGGCGUCUUGGCAGCCGUUGUAUGAACUGUAGAGGCAGCCACCCCACGUCAACAGCGACCAGCAAGGCAGCAUACAAGCAGAGACAUGCGCUGCCGGCAGACACAGUAGCGGCGGAUAAUUCAGCGACUGUAGCACGCCGUGUCUCGCUUGUAGACUGCCCCGCCAUGCCAACACACCCUGACGCGCCUACACAAUGACCGUCGUGCGUGGCAUCAUCGGCUUCACAGUGGCCGUCUCGGUCCUGACUUUUAUCGCUUUCUUCGGCCGCACGCCGGCUUUUAGGAACACUCCCAUAGGCUUCUGCCAUCGUCUGCUUAUACACCGCAUCCCCUCGGCGCUGCGUGCGCUCGAUGUCUUCCUCACAAAUGGCCGCAUCACAAGCGGCGGUUCCCGUUUGGGCAACCAUCUCAUGAACGAGAAGCACCCGGUGGUCAUGAUCUUCUUCCUCGGCCUCAUCACAAUCUCAGCCAGUCUGCUCGUUCCGACCGUGUGGAGCCUGCUGCCCUUCCACCACAAGCUCCUCGUGGCCAUCUUGCUACCGCAGCCGUAUUACUUCACGCAUCUAUGUGCAAAGAGGAACCCCGAAACCAUUGUUACGGAAAUGAACCAUGCAGUUCAGAUGCGACACUACCCCUACGACAGGAUCCUGUACUACCCAGCCAAUGCAUGCCGGACGUGCAAGUUCAACAAGCCGGCGCGCAGCAAGCACUGCAGUAUAUGCAAGGCCUGUGUCUCCCGAGCUGACCAUCACUGUGUUUGGGUGAACAACUGCCUUGGACGGGGCAAUCACAAGUGGUUCCUCGCCCUGCUCCUUUCCACAGCCAUUCUGCUGGCGUAUGGUGCAUACAUCGCAUACUUUGCACUGAGUCCCAAAGUGCACAAGCAAUACGCUAGAUACGAGUCCUGGUACAGGUUCAAACCCAGCCCAGGAUCUAACCCAUCCAGCUGGGCCACCUACGGCGAAAAGAAACUCCACUACUUCCUCACAUAUGUCAGCAUAUACAUCGACGAGGGUGGCGUCUCCGCAGCAGGUGUCGGCCUUUUGGCUCUGCUCACAUGGCCGCUGCCUCUCGGUCUUCUGUGUUACCAUCUCUACCUCAUCUACGCAGGCAUGACCACCAACGAAAGCUCCAAAUGGGCAGACUGGGCCGACGAAAUCGCAGACGGGAAUGUCUUCCUCGGCAAGCGGAGGCCAGAAACCAUGCGGGACUAUCGGGCCACAGACGCUGAUUUGCACGACUCCGCGCGGUCGUCCUCCUCAGCAACACCCAUGCCCACACCCCCCGAGACCCCACCCGAAGACGAAGAACCACCGACAUCCUGGCCGCUCGAGAGCCGCCACAUCCUCGUACGCACAACCAACGGCCAGCCGCCUACCGGGCUCCCGCCACGAAUCAAGUCCGUCGCCAACAUAGAAAGCUUCGAGCGUGUGUGGGAUCUUGCUGCCGUGGAAAACGUGUACGACCUGGGGUUCUGGGACACUUUUUUUGAGAUCCUGUUGCACUAGCUCUCCCCGCAUUUCCCGGGUAGAGCCCCCAUCCAGUUGGUUUAGUACCUGAUGCUUGUGUGAUGUGUAACGGCGCUCCCGCAAACGGCCCAGGAUCGCUGUCGGGAUACGAAAACCGGUUCGCUUGCGAUCCCGUUCGCAACCCCAACGCC